AUGAAGCCAGUCUCCACAAAGAAAAGAUAUAUAGAUGAGGAGAUUAAUGAGUGUAAAGCUGCUAACAAGAAGCUACAUCUUCCAAAAGUGAAAGAUCCAGGAAGUUUUACCAUGCCUUGCGUCAUAGGGAAAGAGAAGAUAAGGAAAGCCCUACUUGAUUUAGGGUCAAGUGUUAAUUUGAUGCCUUUAUCUCUAUUUGAGCGAAUUGGUGAUCUUGAAGUCAAGCCAACAAAGAUGACUUUGCUAAUGGCGGAUGAAUCUUCAAAGAAGCCUUAUGAUGUAGUGGAAGACGUUAUGGUUUGUGUGGGAAAACUAAAAUUCUUGGUGGACUUUGUGGUGAUGGAGAUGGAGGAGAAUUUGACUCCAAUUAUUCUUGGAAGACCGUUUAUUAAAACGGCCAAGGUCAUCUGA